UGUCGGAGGAGGAGGAGGAUGAAACCUGCUUGGCGACCACGCAGGAAGACGGAGGUGUGAGCUCAAGAUCUGAACAAACACUGGCCAUGGACCAUUCCCACACAUGAUCUCCGGGAGAUUCCUGCUGGCGAGUCCAAUAUCGUCUGAUUUGCGACUUGUCUUUAGUGCCUUUUAAAGCCGUCCUGUCCUGCGGAGGAGAGCGGAGGAGCCAUGGGGGUCCUGCAGUCCACAGGGGGCCACCCGGAAUAUGCUGGUCUGGCGGAAAAGAGCGGCUUUUCUGUUGAACAGAUUGGAGUCCUACAUAAAAGAUUCCAGCAUUUAAGCCACAAUGAAGAAUUUCUACGGAGAGAAAACUUCAAUGGAAUCCCAGAUCUGGCGUGCAAUCCCAUCCGUGAACAGAUUGUAGAUGCUUUUUUUGACAGAAGAAACUUUCACCAGAAUGGUGCUGGACAGGUUGAUGAGAUCAGGUUUGAAGAAUUCCUGGUGGUCUUGUCUCAUUUCCAGCCCCCAGCGUCACACUUGAGAGAGGAACAGCAUGAUAAAGUCAGGAAGGAGAAACUGAGAUUUUUAUUCAACAUGCAUGACACAGACAACGAUGGAAAAAUAAACCUUGCGGAAUACAGACAUGUGGUGGAGGAGCUGUUGUCGAACAGCGGGGCGCUGGAGAAGGAAACAGCCAAAAGCAUUGCAGAUGCAGCCAUGUUGGAGGUGGCCAGCAUUUCAGUGGGUCAUAUGGAGCCUGAUGAAUUCUACGAGGGAAUUACAUUCGAGCAUUUUCUCAAGCUGCUGGAACGCAUUGAAAUAGAAUCCAGAAUGAGCAUCCACUUCAUGAAUGUGGACGCUACGACCCUGUGCCACUUGCACUAAAGUAUGCAACGACCGAGAAAUAACUGUGGAUAUAAAGGUUUGGCCUCACUGUAGCAUUUACUGUUGUCCUUGUAGUUUACUGCUUGCACUGAAGGUAUGCCUCACACAUGUUUGAACUGCUAUGCAAAUCCAAAGAUUAUGAAAGAUUAUGAAUAAAUUAGAAGUACUUUAUUUAUUCUAUAAGCAAUAUUGUAAGCAAUACUACCACUGUAUGAGUUACUGGACCAAGCAAUAAUAAUCAAAGUUCCAUGAUAAGAAGUAUGCAUGUGAACAUAGAUGCUCGAAGUACCUUAAACAUGUAAUUGCUGGGCCCCGGAUAGUUUAGUGGACUGAGCGGGCACACCAUAUGCAAAGGCUAUUGCGCUCGUGCAGGCGGUGCAGGUUUGAAUCCCAGCCUGUCGCUCUUUACUGCGCGUCUGUCCUCCUCUCUCUACCGGUUUCCUGUCUAGCUGCUUUCAAAAUAAAGACCACUAGAGCCAUAAGAAAAAGUUAUUGUUGUAAAUCCUCUUAUUCAGGGAUAUAAAUGUUUAUCUUGAAUCUAAAUGUGUCCAAUAACGCGAAAUCAACAAUGUGAAAUAAUUUUUAAGUCGCCAAUGUACAACUUGAUGCAUGCGCUGCAUGUAUUUGCACAAUGAAAGACUAGAAUUGUUUGACAGAGAAACUCUUUUAGGUACAUUAAUAACAGAACCAAAACUUUGCAUGUUCAGCUAGGACUAGCGCUGAAAGUUCACCGCAAAGUGACCACACCCUGAGAAUGUAUGACUCAUGGAAGUAACUUUCACUGAAUGGAUGGUUUUGAAACGUAUAUUUCUCUCCAAUGUUGUAUUUUAGACAUGCCAGCAUCUCUCUAAAAUGCUAAAUCACCACAAUAGGGGAAGUUACAAAAGUUACAGGAGCUGUGUUUGCUGUGGUUUAUAUUUAUAAAGACUUAACUGUUGCAUGGCCUCACAGAGAGAGAAAGAGAGACAUAGACAGUGUUGCAUCACAUUUUAUUCCAUUCUACACAGUUGGAACAGACGUCUUAGGUUAAACAACAAAAAGGAUCAUCCAUGUCUUGUGUGCCUUUUGAAAAAUGUUCAAUAUCUUAAGAAAUGUGUAAAACAAAAGUUAGAGUAAGUGGUUAAACUGUAAAAAAAAAAAAAAAAAAAAAGAAAUGCCGUAACCACAAUGUGGGCUUUUCUUCCUCUUUUUUUCUCUCUCAAUAUUUUUCAAGUUCAAUUAUUACAGUCAAUAAAAACACUUGAUUAUGUUGAAAAUAUUACUUCAUUAUUUUCAUCAUUUUUAAAUAAAAAUGUAUGAUUAUUUGGCAUGGUACUGUUUUGCCCAGAUCGUCCUAAUUAUUUUGUAUUCUUCUUUUGGUGUAUACUGCCCCCUACAGGUUAAAACAUGUAAAGCAUGUUAAAUGAUGAUGAACUUGCACCUGUUUUUCGUUCAAAUAAUCACCAACGUGACAAUGUAUGUCUGUUAGUUAAACAGAUAUAGUUUAGUAUGUUUCAAGACAUAAUACAAAAUAUAUGAAUGUAAAUUAGUUUUGUGAUUGUGUUUAUUUGACAUUAAAGUUGAUGUAGUAAU